AUGCCCGCAUCCAACAAGCCAGCCCCCGUCGAGUCUAGGAUUACAGAAAGAGAAGGCUUCCAAACCGUGGUAGACCAGGAUCGUCCCGCCUCAAGAGCAGGAAAGCGAAAGACAAAGAAUGCUGCUGUUAAACGGCUGUCCAGCCCCGAUCAUGCCGAAAAAGGUGUCGACUCAAUGGGUCAAUCUCAACAACCCCCCGUCUCCCCAAACCCUCCCCCUUCCAUCCUGGGCCAGUUGCCCCAGGCAUUUCCUUCAACCAGAAAGAUGAGUCCGUUCGACGCCCUGAACGAUGUGAAUGCUUCCCAAAAGGUGUCCGACGAGCACACUCCCCCGACCGACAAUUGGGCUCGGAGCGCUACCCAUGGCAGAACUCCCCCAGUCGAACCCAUUCCGGGUCUCACCACAGGCGGAUCUCCCCCAUAUGAGCCUGGCUUUAGUAAUCGAGGCGUCUUCAAUAGCAGAAGCCCUCCUAUCUCUCCUCCUCUGCGGAAGGCCCGUCCAGUUAGCUACAGCAGUGCUAUUCCUCCACUCCCGACUCACUCGAGAAUCUCGACCUCGCCCUAUGGCUAUGGUAUGACGGCCUAUGGAUCUCCGCCUGUCCCGCCUCAUCUCCCUCAACAACAUUUCUACGGGCCUCAUGACGUUGACUUGGGCCUGCACCCCCCGCAUACGCCUCUACCAGAACCUGUCCCGUUGAAGUUCGCUCGUCUUCCAGGUUCUGGAGCCGAGUCUCGCGAAGCUGCCUUGCUGGCUGUAGACGGCGAAUUGCAUGUUGUUAGCUACAAUGGCGAUAAAGCGGAACAUGUGGGAGCGCUCAGCGGCUUGCAGGGUACCAUUCUGGAUGCCACACUGCUCACGUGGAACACUGGCGAAACCCCUUUUGCGGACUACAGGCCCUUAGUUGCGCUCACCGUCUUUGGGCCCGGCGAGUCCCCAUCUGGUUCUCCGGCUCAAGAAGACCGACCCUUUCCGGGCAGUCACCACAAACCUUUCGAGACGAAGGUGGUGGUAUAUUCGAUGAGCAAGGGCUGCCAGGUCGCCGAGCUACUGAGAGUGCAAACACUCAUGGAAGGCUUUCCUGGAGUGCCUCCAAGCAUCAGCCAUGCAGCAAACUUGAAAGUCUAUUCGAGCGGCAACUUUCUCGUUGUGGCAUCAGGUGACAGUGGGGAGGCGUUUGUCUUUUCCAUUCGACAAGGCAAGGACUCCGCAGUAUUCGAAUGCUUAGGCAAGUACUGGACCACGAUACAGCCUCAGCUGCACCGGAGAGACUCCUCCUCUCAUGGACCAGGGUCAGAUGCAGAUGUUUCACCUGCCGACCUCGGUCGUGGCCCGGAUUGCCAGAAUCUCCCCAUGCUCAGUCUUAACGGGCGAUGGUUUGCUUUCUGUCCUGCAAGCACACCUUCACGAAGGUCUAUUGGGGCUAUCUUGGGCGAUUACGUGGUUCAUAAUAAAAACUCCAAUAUUGCCGCUGGAACAGCUCCUUCACGCCCUUUGCCCAAUUGCGACGUUGAGUCUCCGGAUGUCGACACAUUCCUUAGCAAGGUUGCCAAAGGAUUCGCCCAGGAGGCGGUCCGGGGUGCGAAAUGGAUCAGUGAAAAAGGCAUGCAGACCUGGCAGAGUUACUGGAAAAGGGACACUGCCAGCCCCAACACGCAAGGUGCUCCGUCCUCGAGUCCUCCAGUCUACUCUCCUCAGCUUGGUCUGGUACAAUUUCCACCUACUCACGCUAUUGACCAGCAAGGCAUCGCGAAGGACCCGGAUCUUGUCACGAUAAUAGACCUGAAGCUGCUCCAAGACAACCAAGGCCGGAAAGUCACUUCCGAGUCUAGCCCAAUGGUCACCUUCCAGCCACCAGGGGGUUGUAGCUUCCUGUCAUUCGCGCCAACCGGCCUCGGCCUUUUGACAGCCAAUCGCAAAGGCGAUGUGCAGUAUAUCUGGGAUCUGAUGCAGAUGAAAUAUAUCCGAGUUUCGACAACCUCAAAUCCUGCUGAGACGGGGCGUGUGCGGCAAAUUGCCCGCUACGAACGCCUGAGUCCUUCCUCAAUCGUUGAUGUUGCCUGGGACGGCACAACUGGCUGCCGGUUUGCUAUUCUGACGAAGAACCGGACAAUUCACAUCUUCGACCUGCCCAAAGCUGCCUUUCAGUGGCCGCCACCUCCUACCAAGAAAGAUCGACCGACUUCUGCGCCAGUUGAUCCUUCCCAGGUAAAGACAGACCAUGAUCCCGCCCCGCCCGGAGGAUUCUUUGCCUCUGCUAUGAGCAUUGCAGGUAGAACACAACCGAUGCUGGCAAGCCUACGUGGGAGGGCACCAAGUAUCAGCAGUGGGGUGGUUGGGAUGGCUCCGUCGGGAAUUGGGUUUGCCUCUACGACCACUAUCAAAAGUGGUAGCAGGGCAGUGGCGGCUGGACUUAGCAAGUCUCUGGGUGCCGCUACCGAAACUGUUACCAGUAUACGACACGCAAAUCAGAGCAGACUUCAUCUGAAGAUUCCAGCCCGAGUGGGGAUAUUUUGUUGGCUGCGGCGUGAUGGAAAGUCAGUAUUAUCCAUUCUAGACGAGAGCAACAUCAAGAACUACUACGUACGGAUGACAAAGCCUAGAGAGAACCGCCAGAUGGAGACGGUAUCCGUGUUCGAUGCACGAAGGGCAGUCGCAAUUAAACUCCCCAAGGCUGCAGAACUCGCUGCAGAUCUCCCCUCGAAAAGCCGCUCGAACGAAGCACAGGAGGACAGCAGUGAGAGCUCAGCACUGCUCAGCUUCUGGAAAAUUCGAGCUGCCAGAGAUGGAGGUUUGAGAAUGCCGCAUCCGCUCGCUUCGGCUGAAAUUGAGACCAAUGCUCCGUACCAGCCUUUCCAUUCAGACCGCAGAGUCACCAUCUCUCUAUUUCCAGAUGGGUCAAAGACCAAGCUUGGAGGCAAUUCGAUUGCGAAGUCUGGUCAUGCUCCUGUCGCCGAAAAUCUGGGUUCAACGUCCCAGCAGAAAUGGGUUUUUGGUGACGAGGUUCUCUCAUAUACACAGAACAUCACCAGUAAACAAGCCAUCGACGAAGGCUCUAUCAUUUAUCGAGAAACGACAGUUUUCUCUGGCAGCACAACUUUGACCACAGGCACUACCGGACUAUUGGAAGACGAAAUACCUCAAGCCGUUAGUAACACCAAGAAGAAGAAAGGCAAGAAAAAUCGAACGCAGGCCCGGUUGUUUGAGCAUGACAAUGCAAGCGGAAGUCUGAUGGAUUUUGCGGCGCAAGAUGUCCCGUUUGAGCCGGACGAAGACUUGCUGAGAGGCGAAAGUCCCUCGUGA